AUGAGAGUUGCGUGGCGGACAGACGAUCUGGCUGAUGUUCUUGAUGGGAAGUCAGCCUGCGAAAUCCCAGUGGAUACGACAAUGGGCACUGACUACCUGGAGUUUAUAUCCGACCACAUAGACUCAUGGGAGACGAAACUGCGCCCUCUCAAUCUGAAAAUACACGAUAACCCCGAGCUCUGCUAUGAAGAAUUUAUCGCGCACGAAGCAUUCGUCAAAUUCUUAAAAGGAUGUCCUGGUUGGAAAGUGACCCCGUCGGCUUACGGAAUCAAAACUGCUUUUAUUGCUGAAUAUGAUAGUGGAAAGCCGGGACCUGUGGUAUCUUUUAAUGCUGAAUAUGAUGCUUUGAUUGGAAUUGGUCAUGCUUGUGGACACAACCUAAUCUCCAUAGCAUCGCUAUCUGCUGCUCUUGCUACAAAGGCUGUCAUGAAAGAAUACGGCUUAGCAGGAAAAGUAGUACUUUUUGGAACACCAGCAGAAGAGGGUGGAGGCGGAAAGAUCAAGCUACUCGAUGUUGGAGCGUACCGUGAUCAUGGUGUUGACGUGUCGAUCAUGGGACAUCCCGGCAAUGUAAAAGAUGCUGCUCUGGUGAGCACUUCUGCAUAUUACAGAUUCAAAGCUGAGUACUUUGGCAAAGAAGCCCAUGCAGCUGCAGCACCAUGCAAGUUUUACUUCUCUAUAACCCAAAUCAAAAAGCUAACAGAAAUAAACGCACUUGAUGCGCUUGUCAUGGCGUACACAGGACUUUCAGUACUUCGGCAGCAAACCAAACCUGGAGAUAUAAUCCAGGGCCACAUCACCGAUGGCGGAGCGGCACCUAACAUCAUACAUGCCUACUCAGCAGGAACGUUUAUUGUGCGAGCUCAGACUAAGGCUCGGCUUUCCGAGUUGAAGAAGAAAGUAGAAGCGUGCUUUCGUGCUGGAGCGGAAGCAACAGGUUCGACACUGAAAAUGACGUCCGAGGGGUCAUAUGACGACCAUACGCCAAAUCAUGCACUUGCACGAUCAUAUCGACACUUCAGAAAUCGUCUCGGUGGCGAUAUACCUCCGCCAGAUAUCGAUAUUGUCGAAGGACGCUCUGGGGCUUCCACAGAUCAAGGCAAUAUCAGCUAUGCGUAUCCAUCUCUGCAUAGUGGCUUUCAUAUUAUAUCAGAAGCAGGAGCCCAUAACCCUGGUUUCACAAAAUCAGCGAGGUCUGAAGAUGCUCAUAGAAGAGCACUUACUACUGGCAAGGCGUUGGCUGCAACGGCCACUGAAGUUUUAACGCGAAAGGGAUAUUUGGAAGAGAUCAAAGCAGAGUUUGCGAAACUUCCGAAAUCUUGA